GCGCCAUUUAUGUGUCCCGCAUGUAUCACAUAAUCGCACUGCAGCGCUGCCAUCUGUGGACCGCUUUUAGUCUAGCAGCAUUCCUAUCGCUCCACGCAGCCUUGCUAUGCAGCGGCCCGAACCGAAGCGGAACGCUAUCCAUCAACGCAGCCUUACCAUCCUUCCCAUUCUUCUUCUCGCUGGCCGCACGCCUGCUUUUACUCGUCGCACCUCACCGACAAAGUGAAGGCCAACAUUGAUAAUACUAUCAGCGACUGAUCAGCACAUUCGUACAACUUUAUGGCUGAAAAUUCGCCUCAAGACACGCCAUGGUACGACGAUCAAGUGUCUCUGACGUAAUUGGCAUCUGUGGAGGAGCGAAGGCGAUCAACAAUCAUAUUCAAGCAACUUGGAGGCUAGAAUCUGGGGGUUUGUCGGGGUCACUUUUCCUGAAUGAUACUGACCUUGUAUAUCUCGCGGGCAUGCAGCUGAGUUUAUAACUUUUUAUUAUGUUACUUAUCAUGCACGGCCUUGAAACACGAUUCAAUAAAUCCACGAUAGAAUGCGGAG